AUGAGUGCAUCUUACAACACCAAUCUACCAUCUGCAGACGGACUUUCGCCAGUGCACAGCAAUAGCAGCAAUGGCAACAAAAAGCUACUAGACACAUUGCCUACUGUAAGAAAGAGUGUAUCUCGACACAACAUGAGCAAUGGCACCAACAACAAUAACAACCUUCACAUCAAUCACUCUCCGACAUCGACAUCCAGAGCCUUCCACAAGAAUGCUUCAGAUCAACAACUGCUACAGAAACAACUGACAGUAGAGACUGCUGUGUUUCCAGAGCAUCAAUCAAACUUGUUUCAUAAUACAUCCAACGAUGGUCAUUCCUUGACCAAGAAAUCCAGCAGUACACCAGUCAUUGCACCCAAUGCCACGACAACCGGCGAUGCACGCAGCGUUGUAUCCGGCAGCGAAUCGACUAGAUCUAUUUCAAAUAACAACAAGCGCAAAAAGAAGGCCAACAUUGCAUCGAGUUUUGUGAACCCUACCGACAUUUUUGCUCAGAAUCUGAGUGAUGCUGUGAUGGAUGCUGAUGAUUCGGAUGAUUUAGAGUCUUAUGUGUACCGCGAUAAGCCAAAUCCUUCAUAUACCGUACCGCCCUGGACCUACAACAACAGCACCAACGACCAUAUGCUAGAUCAUUCGUAUUAUGAUCGACAUUAUUCAUCGACAGGCACAGAAAGCAACACGGACGGAUGUGAUUACAAUUAUACAAAGGAAAAGUUCUUUUCAUCUAGAAGACCGGUGCUUCGAUCCACUGUAUCAGAGAUACGGCCCACAUCCUCAUCCUCCCUGAGCAACAAGAAUAGCAAAAAGCUGAGGCCCUCUUACAAGUACCAGACAUCCAGUUACUAUUACGGCGUUGCGCCUACUAGCGACGAUGAGUUUACACCGCUUGUUAGAUUGAGACCAGCGCGCAGAAGGAAAGGGUCGAGCAACCAUGGUAGCCAUUCUGGAUCCAGUAACAACAGCUGCUGCAGAGCAUGCUUCACUCUACUGUUUGUGCUAUUAGGCUGUGCUUUCUCACUGUGUUUUGUGUGGCUAUUGGUUGCUAUCUAUGCUAGCCCUUUGACGGAUGUAGAGGUUGUUGGUAUUAGUAAUGUAUUAGGGACGCAAAAGGAACUGAUAUUCAACCUACAAGUGCGAGCAAGAAAUAGCAAUUGGUGGACCAUUCGUAUGACAAACACUGCCUUCAGCGUAUUUGCAUCUAGCCAUUAUGUGCCCACCACUCUCAUGUCACUUGACAAUAAUACACAUCAUAAUGACACUGUAUCAGCAUCAUACAGUGAUAGCAAUAUAACUUCUUUUGGAGCAGAUCCAGCAGAGUUUCUAGGAACAAUCUAUCACCUUGAAGAUCCACUCAUCUAUCAAUCAGGAAGUCUGUUCAAUCCAGUGCUCAGUACAGCCACAAGCCAAAUUCAGAUAAGAAACCCGGGCUCUACCAAAGACGAUAACAGUGGCAAUGAGAGAUGGUCCUUGUUGAUCCGCUAUCCUUACGAAUUGACCGUCAGAGGUGUGCUCAAGUACCAGAUCCUGCCUUAUUUACCAACACUCACACAACUGCACUCUGUUCGUGUAUGCAAGAUUUCUCGCAUUGAUCCUGCUACAGGCAAGAUUUCAGAUGAUGUUACUAUACCCAAAAAGUCGAUAUGCGAUGAUCCUUCCCCGGUUGAAGGCUCUAAAAUCAACCAUUUUUCAUAG